GUAUUUUCGGUUCUAGUUCAAGUAUCGUCCGUCAGCUGAUUCGUGUUGGCGAGCAAAAAAAAAAACACAGAAACAUGGCGGCUGAGAUUCACUCCAGGCCCCAGAGCGCCAGACCAGUUCUUUUAAACAAGAUCGAGGGCCACCAGGACGCUGUCAAUGCGGCGGUUUUGAUCCCGAAAGAAGAUGGGGUGAUCACUGUAGGAGAAGAUAGAACAAUACGAGUAUGGCUGAAAAGAGACAGCGGGCAGUACUGGCCAAGCAUCUACCACACUGUAUCCUCGCCUUGUUCAUCCAUGUCAUAUCACCAUGACAGCAAACGUAUUUUCAUUGGACAGGACAAUGGAGCAGUAGUAGAAUUUGAAAUCUCUGAAGACUUUAAUAAGAUCACAUUCGUCAAAACCUACCCAGCUCACCAGAGCCGUGUUUCUGCUAUCGUGUUUUGCCUGGAGUGCGAGUGGGUAAUCAGCACCGGCCAUGAUAAGAGUGUGAGCUGGAUGUGUUCAAGGAGUGGCAGCAUGCUGGGGAGACACUACUUCAGCUCCUGGGCCUCCUGCUUGCAAUUCGAUCAUGACACAAAGCAUGCCUUCAUUGGGGAUUUCUCUGGACAGAUCACGUUGCUGAAACUGGACCAGAACACCUACUCCGUCAUCACCACACUGAAGGGACACGAAGGCAGUGUAGGAUCUCUGUACUGGGACCCUGCCCAGCGGCUGCUGUUCUCUGGAGCGUCUGAUCACAGUGUUAUCAUGUGGGACAUUGGGGGCCGAAAAGGAAGAACACUGCUGCUUCAGGGCCACCAUGAUAGAGUCCAGUCCCUAUGUUAUCUGCAGCUCACCCGGCAGCUGGUCUCCUGCGCUGCCGAUGGAGGGAUCACAGUGUGGAACAUGGACGUCAGCAGAGAAGAGGCUCCUCAGUGGCUGGAGAGUGACUGCUGUCAGAAGUGUGAGCAGCCCUUUUUCUGGAACCUGAAGCAGAUGUGGGACACUAAAACCAUCGGCCUUCGACAGCAUCACUGCAGGAAGUGUGGCAAAGCCGUGUGUGGGAAGUGCAGCUCAAAGCGGUCGACCUACCCGGUGAUGGGCUUCGAGUUCCAGGUGCGCGUCUGUGAUGCCUGCUACGAGACCAUCAAAGAGGAGGACCGUACCUCCCUGGCCACGUUUCAUGAAGGCAAACACAACAUCGCCCACAUGAACAUGGACUCCUCCAGGGGGCUUAUGGUGACCUGUGGCAGCGACCGGGUUGUAAAGAUCUGGGAUAUGACACAGGUGGUUGGCUGUAGCUUAGCAACAAGCUUCUCUCCCCGCUGAGCAUCAUUAUCCUGCUGAGCCGUACCCCAGUCCUGAGGACAUAACAGUUGCCAUGGAAACACUCACUUUUUAAACCUUUUACUUUCCUUCUGGAACACUUGACAUUUCAACACAACCACUGCUUAAAGUAGCACUGCUUUAUGACUUCUAGGUCACUCUGGGCAGAAAGUUAGAAAAAAAGGCAAUUUCAUUAUACAUUUAAUUAGAAACUGUAAAGCACUGCAUAGUGGAUAUGACAUAGCCUGAGAAAUCCAAUGCUUCUUGUUUUAAGCAGAUUACUCAAAGUAUUGGCUCCUCAGAUUUUUAGACUACUAGGCAGGGUUUAAUCAGAUAAUUUCUAUUUUUAUGACACUACAAAUUGCCAAGGACACAAUGAAGUAAAUUAAUUUGCAAUAUACAGCUAUGGCCAAAAGUUUUGCUUCUCAAUCCUAAAAUUCUAGGUGCUGCAAAACACUUGGCCAGAGCUGUAGUCUGUGUUACUAUUAGAACUUCUGAUCUGUACUGAAUGAGAAGCAGAGAUAUAGCUUCAUUGUACUUGGGGGGGAUUAAUUAAACAUAGGCUUGGAGGUAGAUGGUAAUUAGAUCUGUUUUGAUUAUUAAUGUAGAUUCUGAUAAGUACUUACAUUUUUCCACAAAGACAACAUCUGAUUGAUAAAUGUUAAAAAAGCAAGUCAUGAAGACCAAUCACGAAGUUGGCUUCUUACAAAUUCUUGCUCUUAUGUAACUGACGUUUUGGUUUCCGGUUCCUUCCUUUGUAUUUCUGGUGUCUGCUAUAUGCUGCGUUCAAACAAGUCUUUUAUCUGGAUCCUCUGUAGUAAGGGUUGCCCCUGUACUGCACUGAAUGCACAUAUGUGCGUGAGUAAAUCUGUAAUAAAGAGCAAACUGGUUGCCUUAUGUAACUGUUCUGGAUGCAGGAAUAUAGUGGUUUAAAAGAAGAAAAAAAUGAUACUCCAACUGAAGAAAUAGCUUGUGCAGUUAACGAGAUUCUGUUUGUUGUGACACGUCAUGCUGUUCUGCUCUUACCGGCUUCGUAUAAUUGUAAAAACGUUCUUUACUGUGUAAAAAAAAAAAAAAAAAGCACAGCAAGAGUAGUUUGUAAUAAACUGACACACCUCACCCUGAGCUUACUCUUUUUCUUUAAAAUUGAAUUUAAAGUUUGCUGUUGGUAGUUUACAUUAAGGGAAGAAGUUGAC